UAAGUACUAAGCCCUAUUCUUAGUUGGAGUUUUAAGCAAUCUGACAGAGAGGAGAAGGAUUGCAACGCACAAGGAUUGAACAACAACAACCAUGGCAUCUUCCAAUGGCAGUUCAUCAGUGUCUGCAAUAUCGAUGAGGAGCUUAAACUUGGCAAAUAUUCUGAUCCUUACCGGUGGUGGCAAUUACAAGAAGUGGAGAAGGGAUAUCAAUUUACUAUUGACUCUCAAUGAGUUUGAUAUAGCAAUUGAUAGUCCUAGGCUUGUCAUAAGUGAUCAAAGCUCCAGGGUAGAGAGAUCAGAUUUUGAGAGGUGGAUAAGGGCUAACAAAGUAGCACUUUCAAUCUUAGAAGCUGGGAUGACGGAUACCAUCAGAGGAGGAAUCAAGAAACCAGAACUGGCUGUGGACUAUUUGGCUGCAAUUGAAAAGAAAUUUAAAGAGUCUGAGAAGGCAUAAGUCAGCCAAUACAUGUCUUUGCUUACUACUUA